GAAACGUAAAAAGAGGCGUGUUUUGUCUAGUGUUAUGCAAAGUUAAAGUAGCUAUAUAACUCCACUUAAAAAUAAUUAUCCAGCUAACUAGCUAGCUACCUAAAGAUGUCGUUUUACAGAAACGCCGUUUGGUUCGUUAAAGGACUUCAAGAAUACACAAAAAGCGGAUAUGAAGCAGCAGCUAAGCAGUUUAAUACUGGGGACCUGGACGUGAACCUGAGUGGCAGGUCUUUUGUAAUCACUGGGGCCAACAGCGGCAUUGGAAAAGCUACAGCCCAUGAAAUAGCCAAAAGAGGAGGGAUUGUCCACCUGGUGUGUCGUAACAAGGAGCGGGCACAGGAGGCGAAGGAGGAGCUGGUGGAACAUACUAAAAACCAGAAUGUCCAUGUUCACAUCGUUGACAUGUCCAGUGCAAGACAAGUGUGGGAGUUUGCAGAGAGCUUCUCAAAAAGCAACAGCAUUCAUGUACUGAUCAACAAUGCAGGGUGUAUGGUAAACCAGAAAGAGCUGACAGAGGAAGGUGUAGAGAAGAACUUUGCUACUAACACUCUCGGUACCUUCAUCCUAACCACAGCGUUGAUACCAGCCCUGAAACAGGCACAGGACCCACGAGUGAUCACAGUGUCUUCAGGGGGCAUGCUGGUCCAGAAGAUGAAAGUAGAUGACCUGCAGUCUGAGAAGGGAACGUUCGACGGCACUAUGGCCUACGCUCAGAAUAAAAGACAACAGGUGAUACUGACCGAGAGAUGGGCGUCCCAGCAUAAAGAGAUCCAUUUCUCAUCAAUGCACCCUGGCUGGGCUGAUACUCCAGCUGUCCAGUUGUCCAUGCCUGACUUCCAUGCUAAGAUGAAGAACAAGCUGCGUACGGAGUCCAUGGGGGCCGACACGGUGGUGUGGCUGGCUGUCUCAGCAGUGGCCUCCAACCAGCCCAGUGGACUCUUCUUCCAGGACCGAAUGGCGGUGCCCACACACCUUCCGCUGGCUUUAACCAGGUCCUCUCCGGCCGAUGAGGAGAAGCUGCAGGCAAUAUUGGAGCAGCUCGCACACAAGUUCAAACCUUGACUUCUCCUACAGCGGUCAAAAGGUUAUGAACAGACAGACCCUCAAGCCCGUGUGUCCGUUGACAAACACUCCUCAUUAUAGAUAUGCACUGUAUAAAGCGGACAUAGCGGUAAUAUUUUUACAACCAUUUUCUAUUUAUGGUGAUGAUCUGUAACUUGAUUGCUUGCUAUUGCUAAGAUCCAAGUGUAGCCACACAGAGCAUUUCAGUGGCUCAUGUUUGGGGUAGAGGCCUUCACUGGUCAUUCUGAAAUGGACCUGGGGUUUUCCCAUCCAGACCUGAAAUGCAUACAUUUGUAACAAAAAAAAAUAUAUAUAUAUAUAUAGAUAGAUAGAUAGAAGCCCGUUCAGUACAACUAGACCCGUUCUGUAUAGACCUGGUCCGAUCCAGACCCGGUCCGAUCCGAGUAAGACAAGCAGCAGAAAGGUCCAUUUUUAAGCUACUUUAUUAACUGGAGCUGAUAAAAAGGGGAGGUAGAGAGAGGUGACGCUCUAGCAGGGGCCGUGCUGUGUGUGUAGUCUGCUGUGAGUGUGAGCGAGUGACGUGGGGAGGAGGGAGAGAGAAACCCCAACCAACCAAGCCGACUCGCGCUGUAGUAGAAUAAUAGCUGCCAUUGCUAGGUUAUUUAUCAUCCAAUAUGAUUACGUAGUACCUGUCUUGACUGCACCAAACCGGGAGAAGAUAGCUAGACUAAUUGAGGCUGCAUGCACUUUCUCGUUCUACACAUUUACAAACAACAAUGCCUCCAGUCCACAGGAGGUUGGUGGCACCUUAUUUGGGGAGAACAGGCUCGUGGUAAUGACUGGAGUGGAAUGGUAUCAAACACAUGCAGCGACGGUUCUAGCUUGUAUGGCUUCCUAGGCAUUUUAUUAACAUACCACUGUACACACUCUAGUGUAGAAUGUCCAGUGCAUUAAAGACAGUUAAUCAACUUCAAGUAAAUAAUAAAAGGCACCAAUAAAUAUUUCAAUCUUAUAUUUUCA